UCAAAGUUUCAAAAUCUCUCUCUGUCUCUCGCACGCUCUGUUUUUUUGUUUAACGCGAAAACUGGAAAAGAAAAAGUUCGAGAAAAAGAAAAAAACAUCUUCCAACCACCAUCACUACUGCAACAGCAGCUUCUCUCAGAAGCUUUCUCUCACUGGUACAUAAAGUGUAUUGGAGCUUUGUACGGCCAGCGGAGCCGAUAGAGAGAGGGAGAGUUGGAGACGAAGAUGAAUGUGGUGGGGAGACAGAUGGCGCGAUCUAAUUCGGCGAUGCACCACCAGCGUCAGUACUCGGACAACUUCAUGGACGCCUCCUCCAAGUGGCUCCAGUCCUCCAGUCUCUCACAGGACUUUGAGUUGUACGGCUCGAAAACGACCAGGAAUAAUCAGAGAAGUGUUCGUGAGCGAUCACCGGACGCUUCGAUUGCAUCGCGAUCGUCGACCACGAGAAGGAACGGUGAUGAUCGAGUUUCGCCCAGUGAGCUCAGCCCCGGCUUGCUUGAUCUGCAUUCCUUUGACACCGAGUUAUUGCCUGUGAUGCCCGUUUCAGGCCAAUCUAACGGGCACCCGCUUCAUCAUCCUGGUCGUGGUAAAAGUCUUGACGAUUCUGAGCCAUUUCUCUCCACCAACAAGCUUACAAGCAGAUCACGGGGUUUGCCUGAGAAUAAUCUGCUCAAGAGUUUUUCAUCGGAUAAAGAAAGGGCCAACAGUGUUGCUAAGAUCAAAGUUGUGGUACGCAAGAGACCACUAAAUAAAAGGGAAAUUUCAAAGAAAGAGGAAGACAUUAUUACAAUAGAACCAGGUUCUAAUGCUCUCACAGUUCAUGAAACAAAACUUAAGGUUGACUUAACAGAAUAUGUCGAGAAACAUGAAUUUGUUUUUGAUGCUGUGCUGAAUGAAGAUGUUUCAAAUGAUGAGGUGUACUUUGAGACUGUGGAGCCCAUAGUUCCACUGAUUUUCCAACGAACAAAAGCAACUUGCUUUGCAUAUGGGCAGACAGGGAGUGGGAAGACUUACACUAUGCAACCAUUACCCCUUAAAGCAUCCCAGGAUAUUCUAAGAUUAAUGCUCGAUACUUACCGAAACCAAGGUUUUCAGUUAUUCGUUAGUUUCUUCGAGAUAUAUGGAGGGAAACUGUUUGAUCUCCUAAAUGAUCGAAAAAAGCUUUGCAUGAGAGAGGAUGGUAAACAGCAAGUGUGCAUCGUGGGUUUGCAAGAGUACAGGGUGUCAAAUGUGGAGACAGUCAAGGAGUUCAUUGAGAAGGGAAAUGCCACAAGAAGUACUGGUACAACUGGUGCAAAUGAGGAAUCUUCCCGAUCACAUGCCAUACUUCAGCUCUGUAUCAAGAGAUCAGCUGAUGGAACUGAAUCAAAGCCUGCCCGACUUAUAGGCAAGCUAUCUUUCAUAGACCUUGCUGGAAGUGAGCGUGGUGCAGAUACGACAGAUAAUGAUAAACAGACAAGAAUGGAAGGUGCUGAGAUUAAUAAAAGCUUACUUGCAUUAAAAGAAUGCAUUAGAGCUCUUGACAGUGACCAAGGCCACAUUCCUUUCAGAGGGAGUAAGUUGACUGAAGUUCUUAGGGAUUCAUUUGUUGGUGAUUCACGCACCGUUAUGAUAUCAUGCAUUUCACCAAGCUCAGGAUCGUGUGAACACACUCUCAACACUCUGAGAUAUGCUGAUAGGGUGAAGAGUUUAUCCAAAGGGAGUGGCUCCAGAAGGCAUCAAUCGUCUUCAUUGUCAUACCUUAGAGACUCAACCACAAUGCCCUUGUCUUCAUCUACAUCAACUGACACAACCUUUGAAGAUGACAUGAAUUAUGUUCCUAGUGAAAAGAGCAGCUUUGGUUGGUCCAAACAGAUAGAGAGAGAGCCCUCCCCACAAUUUAAUGUGGAUCGUGUACCUAGUGGGAGGGUAGAAGGAAGUUUGGCUGCAUCUGUAUAUUCAGAUUACUACAAGGAUCAGACAGGUGGUCAAAAUCUCAUAGGCACAGAUGAUCUUGACUACCCUGAGCAGGCUUAUGAACAAGACAAACCAUCGCGAGGGAAUAGUAAGAAGGUAGAGACCUACCAGCGAUCAUCGCUGGAGGAAAGGCGAAAGAUUGGCAAUCAGGUGAAAUGGAGGGAUAUGCCUGAUUUUGGGGCUAUCAACUCAAAUUCUGAGGAUGAUCUUAAUGCCGUCUUGCAGGAAGAGGAAGACCUUGUGACUGCUCACCGAAGACAAGUAGAGCAGACCAUAGAAAUUGUUAGGGAGGAGAUGAAUCUGCUGGCCGAAGCUGACCAACCAGGCAAUCGACUUGAUGAUUAUAUCUGUAAAUUGAAUGCCGUACUCUCUGAGAAGGCUGCAGGAAUUCUUCAACUGCAGACUCAGUUGGCUGAGUUCCAGAGGCACCUGAAUGAGCAUAGUGUUUUAGUAUCUACUUCAAGCAAUUGAUAUAAUUGGGAGAGAGAACUAAGCAGAGCAGUUGGCAUGUGGCUUUCCAGGAAGUUGAUGUGAUGAUUCAUUCUCUUCCUUGAUAGAGGGUUUGGCCCUUGUUUAUUUAUUUGUCUGUUAUGCCUAUCUAUCUAGCUUGUUGGCUCUUCAUAAAAGUUCUGUGGCAAUGUGCUUAUAGAGUAAGCUUGUUUGAGUUGCUAGGGUUUCUAUAAUAUAUGAAAACCACCUACCUCAAACUGCUUGUUUUGGGGGUAGAUGGUUUGAUCUUGUUUCUUUUUCUGUCAACAUUAUAUCAAAUCGUCUUGAAAUUAUGACCUAUGAGAGGAAUGAGAAAGAUACAUGCAAGCAUAUGCACGUUUUGUAAA